UCAAGUUCGAUCCUCUGUAUAACAAACUAUCAAAAACUCUCUCUCCAUCUCUGUUCUCAACAAAGCCAAGAGUUAUGGUGAGAGUCUUUCUUCUCUACAACCUCUUUAACUCCUUUCUUCUUUGUUUAGUUCCCAAGAAGCUUAGAGUUUUCUUCCCUCCUUCUUGGUACAUCGACGACAAGAACCCACCACCGUCUGAAUCGGAAUCUGAAUCCCCGGGGAGAAGAGAUCCGGUGGAUCUAAAACGAGUGUUUCAGAUGUUCGACAAGAAUGGAGACGGACGCAUCACAAAGGAAGAGCUAAACGAUUCUCUAGAGAAUCUAGGAAUCUUUAUGCCUGACAAAGAUCUGGUCCAGAUGAUCCAGAAGAUGGAUGCAAAUGGAGAUGGGAUCGUAGACAUAAACGAGUUUGAGUCUCUUUACGGUUCGAUUGUGGAGGAAAAGGAGGAAGAGGACAUGAGAGAUGCGUUCAAUGUGUUUGAUCAAGACGGUGAUGGGUUUAUCACUGUUGAGGAGUUGAAGUCUGUGAUGGCUUCCUUGGGACUCAAGCAAGGUAAAACCCUAGAGUGUUGUAAAGAGAUGAUUAAGCAAGUGGAUGAAGAUGGAGAUGGUAGAGUCAAUUACAUGGAGUUCCUUCAGAUGAUGAAAAGUGGUGACUUUAGCAAUAGAUCAUGAGUUCAUCUUUUUUUGGGUUCAGAGUUUCUAUAUCAAAUUGGUUUAUAUAUUUUCUCUGUAGAUAAAUUAUGAAAAAAGAAAAAAGAAAAAGAAUCUGAAAUCCUGAAUUGAAUGAAUUUGAUCAUAGUAA